GGGGUGUAUGCAACACUUACCAAACUCGGCUGGGACGGAAGGGAAAUGGAUUCCUAGUAAAAGUAAAACUGAAGAGCAAAGAGAAGCUCAAUUCUCAAGAGACUAGAAUCAGAGAGAGCAAGGAAUGGAAAAAACCUGGAAACAACGAUGCCUGCCCUUGUUGCUGCUGCUGCUCUCAAUAUUAUCUGCCGACACCAACCACAACAACAUUAUCUUCCUUCGACAAACUGCGGCUGAUGGUGUCACUCCCGAGGAAGCCACACUUCUUCGAGACGAGGUUCGUGAAAUGUUCUAUCAUGCUUUUAAUGGAUACAUGGAACAUGCUUUUCCGCUUGAUGAAUUAAAGCCUCUAUCAUGUGAAGGAGAAGACAGUCUUGGUGGUUAUGCUUUGACUCUGAUUGACUCCUUGGAUAUGCUGGCUCUACUUGGUGACCGAGAACAGUUCACUUCCUCUGUUGAUUGGAUUGGUAAAAAUCUUCGGUUUGAUAUAAAUAAAACAGUAUCUGUCUUUGAGACUACCAUCCGGGUCCUUGGAGGUUUACUCUCUGCUCAUCUUAUUGCAAGUGAUUAUGCUACGGGUAUGAGAAUUCCAUCCUAUGACAAUCAAUUACUUGACUUAGCUGAGGAUUUGGCUCGGAGAAUGCUACCUGCAUUUGACACUCCUACAGGAAUUCCAUUUGGGUCUGUCAAUCUUUUAUACGGGGUUGAUGAACAGGAAAGCAGGAUAACGUCAACUGCUGGUGGUGGAACCUUGACUUUGGAAUUUGGGAUGCUUAGUCGCUUGACCAAUGAUCCAAUUUUUGAGCAAGUAACAAAGAAUGCCGUGCGCGGAUUAUGGGCUCGCCGUUCAAAGCUGAAUUUGGUUGGUGCUCACAUCAAUGUAUUUACAGGUGAAUGGACACAAAAGGAUGCUGGAAUAGGAACAAGUAUUGACUCUUUCUAUGAAUAUCUCUUAAAGGCUUAUUUGUUAUUUGGUGACGAGGAGUAUUUGUUUAUUUUCCAAGAAGCCUAUGCAGCUGCUAUGCACUAUCUUUACAAUGAUCCUUGGUAUGUUGAGGUAAACAUGGAUUCUGCUGCUAUUGUCUGGCCAUUGUUUAACAGUUUGCAGGCCUUCUGGCCAGGCCUACAGGUUUUAGCAGGAGAUAUUGAUCCUGCAAUUCGAACUCAUGCUGCAUUCUUCAGUGUCUGGAAAAGAUAUGGUUUUACUCCAGAAGGCUUUAAUCUUGCUACUCUAACUGUUCAGCAUGGGCAGAAGAGUUAUCCUCUGCGCCCAGAGUUGAUAGAGAGCACAUAUUGGCUUUACAAAGCUACCCGGGAUCCGAGAUAUCCUGACGUUGGAAGGGAUAUGGUUGUGAGCUUGCAAUAUGGGGCUCGAUGCCCCUGUGGUUAUUGCCAUAUAGUAGAUGUAGAAUUUCACAAGAAAGAGGACCACAUGGAGAGCUUUUUCCUGGCCGAAACUGUCAAGUACCUAUGGCUUCUUUUUGAUUUGGCUUCGGGUCCAGAUAACCUUGUAGAAAAUGGGCCAUACAAGUACAUCUUCAGCACAGAGGGCCACUUGUUGCCUGCAACCCCACAAAUAUCUCUCAUACAUGAACAUUGUUCAUAUUUAGGUGCAUACUGUAAAGGUGGUGGCAUUGAACAGGAAUCUCGUAAAUCAGACAUCUCAAUCCAUCCCCAAGAAAAUAAUGCCAGUGUGCUUUCUGGGAGCUGGGUUCAUUCCAGUUAUCCAUCAGAUUCCUCUUUUCUCGAGUCUACGACUACAUCAGGGUUGAUGAAGGGACUUUGCCCUGGAUUAACUCAUGGACAAAAAUAUGGAAUAUCAUACCUAGAUGCAACCAGUACAGCUCAGGAGGAUCACUCCACGCACCAAAGAGAGAAUGUGGCUGAUAGCCAUUCUUUGCUGGUUGUUUCCCAACAAAGUGCUGAUAAUUCUCUGUUGAAAAACAAGAAGAAUGAUCAUGACAGAAAUGUACAGGAAUCAAGUGAAUAAUAGAUUCAUCUGCUUGAUGCAAAGUACUGUUUGGGCAACCAAAGAUUCACAAGGCAUCAGCUGCUCUCAUCCUGCUAGCUUCACCGGGGAAAAGAUCAGGAAUUAUGAUAGAGAAAUGGAAGAAAUUUUUGACAUGGCACCUGACUUUGGCCCUGUGCAAUCCCUGAACUAAUUGAUAUUUUUGGCUCCAGACUACCAAUGUUUUCUGAUGACUGUUUUGGGCAAUUCGGCAAUUGUUGAUAAAGUGGGUUUCUGGCUUGGGAUAGAAAUAUAAGAAGAAAAACAAACAGUGAUCCUAUAUUUAUUGUACUUGUCUCCAUGUUUCCCGGAGAAGGAGAUGGGAAUACGAGCUCAAAGCAUUUGUAACUAACCAUGAUUCGCCAUACCUUCUGUACAAUUAUACUUAUAGUGAGCCUUAAAUAUUGAUUUUUUUGGUAAUUUGAGAUUAUUAGUGAGAUCCUUGACUCCA